AUGCAUAAUUUCAACAGGGGUUUCAAAGCAACUGCUCCUAUAAGAGCAGUGGGAUCUCUUGACAGAUCAAAUUCAAGAAAUUCCUCUGUCAAUCGUCAUGGCCUUCCUCAUUUUCCUACUCAUUUCUUCCCAACUUGUUGUCAUCGAUGCUUGUCAUCGACGAGAAAGAGAAGCAUUGAUGAGCUUCAAAUCAAACAUGGCAGACCCUUCGAAUCGUUUGUCUUCAUGGAAAGGCCGAAACUGUUGCAGCUGGUACGGAAUCAACUGUUCCGACACUCUGCAUGUGACGGUCAUCGACCUCAGGAAUCCCAAACCGGACAACCUUAUUCUGGACAUGAAUUCUCAACCUCUGUCGCACCUACUGCUCUUAUUGGUACCAUCUCCCCUUCACUUUUCUCCCUUACUCAUCUCACAUACCUUGACCUCAGUUUCAACAACUUCAGCUUCUCAAAGGUUCCUUUAGGAUUCUCAAACCUCAGUGCACUCACUUAUCUGAAUCUAUCGAAUGUUAUGUUCGAGGACUCGAUUACAACUCAGUUUUCCAACCUUACUUCCCUUGUUGAACUCGAUCUUUUGUGUGCUUCGGUCGUUGCGGACUACUCAUUUGUUUACCCUUCUUUGUCAUCUACCGUGACAAUUCAUUCAGGUUCUCCGUAUGCAUUCAUCAAUGGGGGACAUUUGUAUGCAUCGGAUUUGAAAUGGUUACAGGGGCUGAAAAAUCUCAGAAAACUUCAACUGAGUGGUGUUGAUCUAUUUGAAGUGUCUCAAUCAGCGCUAUGGGCUAAAUCAAUAACGAAUCUUACCAAGCUGAGGUUGCUUGACCUAUCGAAUUGUCGAAUCUCUGGGGAGAUUCCGGUUGAACAGCUUCUCAUCCUUACCAGAUUAUCUGAAUUGUACAUGAACUUCAACUUUCUCGCAACUAAAAUCCCGAGUAAGUUAGCCAAUCUCACCAAUCUUAGGGUUCUUGACCUCACCAGAUCAAACCUGCAAGGCCAUAUCCCCUACCUUCCUCAACUAAAGAUACUUUUUUUGGGAAACGACUCGGACCUUACCGUCGAUCUCCAUUCUAUGUUCGCAGUCCCCUGGCCAAUAUUAGAAUGGAUCGACAUAUCAUCUACCCGUGUUAUUGGAUCCAUCCCACCCUCCAUUGGUAACAUCACCUCAUUAGUCGCAUUCAUAGGGUACAAUAGUUUCAUUCAGGGUCAGAUACCUACCUCCAUGAUGAACCUUUCGAGGUUGGAAUACUUGUCGCUAGACAUGGACUACAUGAGUGGUGAGAUUUCAUCUUCAAUAUCCAAUUUAAAAAGCCUGAAAUUUUUAUCUUUGAUGCAGAACUCUUUUCAUGGUCCGAUACCAGAAACGAUUUGUACCAUUUCAUCUCUGUGGUAUCUAGCUUUAGCAAUCAACUCUUUUACUGGAAACUUACCGGAUUGCUUAGGCCAGCUCCUUGAUCUCAGCUACCUUGUUGUAAACUCCAACAACAUGAUUGGAUGGAUCCCUUCAUUGUCAUCGUUCUUCCGAAACUCGACUCCAUAUAUUGUAGACUUAGCAGAUAGUGGACUAACUGUGAAAGUAGACCAACAACCCUUUCCACCAACAUUUCAGCCACAACUCUUGUCCCUAGAUUCAUGUAAUAUAGGAGGUGAAAUCCCAGAAUUCAUAUAAAACCUGACCAAACUAGAAUCAUUAAGUUUGUCCAAUAAUGGCCUAUCAGGAACAAUUCCUUCUUGGUUGUUCAAUCUUCCGAAUUUGGGUUACUUAGAUCUUUCU